AUGUAUACCAUUAAAAGAGGCACUUGCUGUCUGCAUCGAUAUUCAAGCAAGAUAGUAUACCUUGAGAGGUAUUUCUCUUCCAAGCGAGUCCUUUAUCAUGAUAAUGCUUUGUCCGCAGGAGAAAGGUCAAAAUAUUCCCAUGCUGUUUCAUCUACAGAUGCCAUUAGAAAUCAGCUAGAGUUGGAUGAGAACUUGGAAGGCUUUUUUAAUGAGGAUGUUGUGAAGAAUGUCAAAAGAUCAAAUACACAAACCAAAAGUGAGACGAAUACAACAAAUAAAGAUCCCGUAUCAAUGGAUCCAUCGGAGAUUCCGAUUUAUGACGAAAAGGGAAAUUGUACCACUCCAGGUAUAUCCACUUUUAAAAGUGAAAAGUUAUCUUUUGUUGAGAAUGGUUCAUCUCCUAUUCCAAAUGAAAGGACUUCGGAAAUAAACGAGGAACUAAAAGGGGAUCAAGUAAAAAAUGCUACAAAAGAUAAUAACCAAUUUACACUCCCUGAGAGCUUUAGUGUUGGCAACUUAAAAAGGUUUUUGGACUUCUUCCAUAAUGGUGACAGUCCGGAUCCGAACAAAAUACCCGCAAAUGCGAAGUUAGAGCAAUUUGUGGAUAGCAAGUUGCCAAUGGUGUUCAUAUCGCGGUUUAGAGACCCUAGAAUAAAUCUUAGUAUCGAAAGAUACAUUUACAAUCAUCUACCGGAUGCAAAGAAACAUCAAUUUGCAAAGAGAUUGGUUCUGUAUCGAAAUGCACCUUGCAUUGUUAUCGGGAAAAACCAGAAUCCCUACAAGGAGAUUAACCUUCAUCUUGCAAAUAUUCUGCAGAUACCUAUUUUAAGGAGAUACAGUGGUGGUGGAACGGUUUGUCAUGACUUGGGAAAUGUGAAUUUCUCAUUUAUGGCCGGAAAAAGUUUGUUUAACAGAACAGGAUUUACCAAUAUCCUUAUCAAAGCUUUGAACAGCAUAGUUGAUAAGGAAUAUGCCAAUUUGGAAUUUCCAAAGUUCCCGUUAACAACCAACGCGAAGGGUGACAUGGUGAAUGCCAUAAAUCAGCGUAAGGUGAGCGGUUCCGCUUAUCAGUUAUCAAAGGGAAGGUAUCUUCAUCAUGGUACAAUGCUUUUAAAUGCUGAUCUUCAUGCCAUGUCUGGUCUUUUACAUUUAUCGCCGGAGAAAAAGGCAUGCAUCGAGGAUAAGAGCAUUAAGUCGAUUCCCAGCCCAAUCCAGAACAUUUCGAUGGACCCUGAACUCUUUGAAUAUUGUUGUGUGAACUCCUUUAGUAGUACUUAUGGCGUGCCAUCAUUUCUACACAGGAGUACUAAAAGUAAUCUAUUGGACUUAAAAUUCGGCAAUGCCGAAUGUCGAGUCAUGAAGUUAGAUAAUAUUAGCGAUCUCCCAGAGGAAGUUAUCAACGAGUAUAAAACUUUCAAGAGCUGGAAUUGGGUGUUCGGUCGUACACCAAAGUUUAAGCUACAUUUUAAAGUUGGUGAGGACUUAGAGGUUUGUCUUCAUGUUCAUGAAGGCCGAAUUGUAGAGAUGGAAACGAGCAGAGCAGAUCCAUCAUUAGCUAAGCUUAGAGCAAAUCUUGGUAAUGUUUAUUUCAGAGGGUCCGAGGUAAGCUGCUAUGUAGAGGAUGCUGACAUAGCUAAGGGAUUUGAAUGGAAUAUUGACCAAGGAGUUCAUUACCAGGAGAGUUUGGGUUUGCAGCUGAAUUGA